UAGUCCUGCAAGAUUUGUUUCUCGCGCUUUAAGGUGGUCAGUUGAGCUUCUUUUGCGCGUAAUAACUUACGCAGCUCCGCAAUUUCAUCAAUCAAUUCCUUUUCAUUCAUCUUAGUUGAGUGAAUUUUUCAACACAAAUUAUUACUCUAUCCUCUAAAAAUUUAAUAGAAACAUUGCUUUGAAAUCCUCCAUUACAGAAAAACUAGAAAUUCGGUUAGGUUAUAUCGACAUCCACUUGAAAGAAAAAGCUGGACAGUUAAAUUAUUACAAUGCAGGAUUAAUUACUAUAGAAUACGUGAUACGAUAGGUAAGCUCAAUUUAAAUUCCAGCGAACAAAGCAAAUAGAAUUAUUUCAUAACCUUCAUUGGGUUAAAGUGGGUUUAGUGAUCAAGUGGUUUCCAGUGUGAAGCGUGGAUGACACUAGUCACAUUCUAUGUUGGUGCACGUAUAAAUUGUCAAUUAUAUCAUCGUCAUUAAUCUUUCAUCAUGUUAUCGUAGUAUGUGAAGCGGGUUUUUUUAAUGACUUGUACUCAGUAGAAAUGAAUGCAAUGAAAAUCACAGUAUAGGAUAAAUCAUCUUAAACUGAUCUUUUUGAAAUAGCUUUAUUACUCUGGUUGAAAACACAUUAAACUUUUGUAAUGUAAUGUUUGUAAUGAAAGAAAUAUAUUAGUUCGUAUCAAAAAUUACAAGUGAAAUUAAUACGGAACUGUCGUCACAGCUAUUCAAGAUCAGUGUAUGAAAUUACAUCCACUUUGGACUCAUUGUAUUAUCGCGUGAUAUUCGACGAGUGGUUAAAAAGUAUUAAAAGAAAAGAAAGCAGAGAAAGCUGAAACGAUCGACAGGAGCUAGUCUUCUGGAAAUCACGAUGCACUUGAUUCCAAUAAUCUUCGUGAUGUCUGCGUGUUUAUUCGGGCAGUGUCGUGCGCAAUAAGUAGAGUACAGUCUUGGGCAAAGUGACAACGCGAGCGUCGCAUGCAAGGAAGUUUUAUCGUAACGAAUAUCAAGAUGGUGGAACCAAUUUUUGACUAUCAGUUUCGUUUGAUACUCAUCGGCGACAGUACAGUCGGGAAAAGCUCGUUGCUGCAGUAUUUCACUGAUGGGAAGUUCGCAGAGCUUUCAGACCCGACAGUUGGGGUUGAUUUUUUUGCCAGAUUAAUUGAAGUUAAAGAUGGUACAAGAAUAAAAUUACAGUUAUGGGAUACAGCUGGCCAAGAAAGAUUUAGGUCGAUUACGAAAUCUUAUUAUAGAAAUUCUGUUGGAGCAUUGCUUGUAUAUGAUGUUUGCAACAGAGUGAGUUUUGAACAUAUUCCUCAAUGGAUGAUGGAAGCUAGAAGGCAUAUAGAACCACACCGUCCUGUAUUUGCAUUGGUAGGUUGUAAAUUAGACUUAAUCACCAAUGGAGGUAGACGAGAGGUUUCAAAAGAGGAAGCAAGGGCCUUUGCUGAUCAAUACGGUGUGCAUCACAUUGAAACUAGUUCAAAAACUGGGGUAAAUGUUGAAGAAGCAUUUCGAACGGUGACACAGGAAGUUUAUAACAGAAUACGAAGUGGAGAGUACAAGGUAGAAGAUGGUUGGGGCGGUAUUAAAACUGGAUUUGCUAGACCUGGUGGUCUAGAUUUUAAUUUAGUUGAGGCAGAACCAGCAAAAAGUUCUUGUUGUUAAGUUAAUGUUGUCUUUACUCUAAAGGAUAAAAGUUUUCUAGAAUGCAGUGGUAAUAUUAAAUUUAUAUACUAUAAUAAGAUUUUAUUGUAAUUUUGUACAUUAUUUUAUAGAAUUCAAUUUAUAUACACAUUAAUGAAAUUUUAUGUACAUACCUGUAUUUAGUUGAUCAUUUAAAUUAAUCAUUGAGAAAUUACAUGCCACUGCAUUCUUGCCCUAGGGAAGAGACAAAUUUUAACUGAGCCUCUAGUAAUUGUUCUUGUACAUAGCUUGUAUAAAUAAUUUUAUCUAUAUCUAUCUAUAUAUACAUAUAUAUAUGUGUAUAUAUAAAUAUAUGUAUUUAUAUGAAUAUAUAUAUAUAUAUACAUAUCUAUGUGUACACAUACACACAAGUAAUUGAAUCAUGUAGGCAUUGAAGUAGGGAGUGUUUUCUAAUUUCAUUUAAAAGACAAAAUAUAUAAAUAUGAAAAAAGUUCAUGUUCUGAACAUAAAUUUAGUACACUGUUUUUAUGUAUUUUCUCGUGUAAAUCAACUGUUCUUUUGAAUGAAGGAAAUAACUGGCUGUGCUUCUUUGUUGAAAUGCUUUCUUCAAUGAAAGUAUAUUACUGAAUGUGUAUAAUAAAAAGUGUGUAAUUUUUUCUUGACAACACAAAAUAUUAAAUUAUGAUAAGUUAAACUUUGAGAGAAAUUUUAAAUAUGCAAAUGAAAUUCAUUGCUCUUUAUAUAUUGUACAUAUAUAAAUUAGUAAUGGAAUACUUAUACUAGAUUCUUGUUGAUUGACUUCACUAAUCAUUUUUUGUUUUUAGUGCCACAGUUUGUGAUAAUUAGACUGCGGAUUUUAUGUAUUUGUAGUAUAUUCUAUUACCUAAAACUUGGUAUAAUAAAAAGUUUAAUAAACUUUAAUUAGUGUUUUAUUUUAUUUGGAACAUGAUAAACUUUUAAUAGAGUAAAUAAACUUCUACUUGAUAUCAAUUUUUGUAUAUUGGUCUGUAAAAAUCUAUGUUUGCAUAAACAUCAGCAGUCUAGUGGUAAUAUUAAACAUACACGAGAAGCCAAAUUAAUAUGUACUUUGCUACUAUUUGUAUUCAAUUAAAAGCUAACAGAAAGAUAAAAUACUACAACUGCUUAAUUUACAAAAACAUACUUUGAAAUGAACAAAGAAUUUGUGUUCUGAUUUGAAACAAGAUGUUUAUUCUGUACAUAGUAUUCACACAUUUAUGUAAAAAAACUUAUUAAAAACUCUUGUUAUGAAAUACCAUAUUAAUUAGUGGGCCUUAAUUUAUAUUAGUAUGAACUAAUAAACUUCUUUAUUAUAUUUUUAUCAUAAGGUGUAUUGUAUAAAUGCUAUGUCGUGUACAAGGCAAAAAGAAUUUUAUAUAAAGUAGUAUAAUAUUUUUAAUAUGACCAUUUUUUGACCAAGUUGUGUUUUACACUUUUUCAUAUCUAUCUUUAAAACUAAAACAUCAGACUUAUCUGUCUUUAAAGAAAUAAUUUAAAAGUAUGAACCUUUCCAUAUUUUUGAAACAGAAGCAAAUUACUGAAGUAUAAAUAUUAUCUAUAGGACUUGCAUAACUCACGCGAGUUUAAUUGACUAGGAAAAUAUUUAUUUACAAUACAGUAACAUUAUUAUACACAGUGUAUAAUAUUUUUUAUGUCAAAGGGUGCAUUGAAUUAUCCUUUUAUAUAAAUAGAACAAAUGCAGCAUGAAUAGUGUUCAUUUAUGAAUUUUUAUACUCAUUAACUGUGGCAUAAAGCAAAAAUAUGUAAAUAUUUUUCAAGAAUUGCCAACUAUAAUAAUAUAAUCAAAUUUGUAUAGUUCUCAAUACUUAUCAUUUAUAUUUUAGCCAAUGGAUAAAAAUAAGACACAUGUGCAGUGUUGGAAAAUAUAGAUUAAUAAAAUGAGUUUUGUAGUUAUAGAAACUUCAAAUGUGUAUAUUAGUAUUGUCCAAAGUUGUAAUAAGUUCCUUUAUGUCUUUAAAUAUUUUUCUGUAAAUAGAAAUUGUCAAUUUUAUGUUGAAAAUGUGAAUUAUUACAAAUUUCCGAACUACAAUAUUUAAACACACAUGUACAUCACACGUAUACAGAUACAUAUACACAUACAUACAUGAACUUUCUACAAUGUAUACCUUGUAAUUUGUGUUUUAUGGAAAUGUAAAAUUUGACAAAUUUGGAAGUACAUAUAUCUUCGUGCACUAUACAUUUAUAUUUAUCCAUGUUUGAAAAUAAACAGUAUAUCAUAGAAUUUUACAUUAUUUUUCUAUAAUUUACCGUAUGAAUUUAUUGAUAUUGUUAUUUGUGAUGUAACAUAAAAAAUU